CGAUUAACCAACAAAAAAACCAAGGACGAAACGAAAACGAACAAAAAAUACUUUCAAUUUCUACAAAUUUCUAGAAAAAUAAUAAAAUCAAAAUUCUAUUUUCUAUGAAACAAUAUUCUUAUUUCUUAAGUUAAAAAGUAUAGUACAUAAAUAUCUCAUUGAAUUAAAUAUGCUACAGUGCUAUAAUCGAGGCUGCGGUCAAACAUACGACCCAAAUAAUAACAAUGAUGAUUCUUGUUGCCAUCAUCCUGGUGCUCCAUACUUCCAUGAUGCCUACAAAGGCUGGUCAUGUUGUAAGAAAAAAAGUGUCGACUUUACUGAGUUCCUUAACUUCAAAGGUUGCACCCGGUCGAAGCAUUCAAAUGUAAAACCUCCAGAACCAGAGAAAUCCAAAGAUAAUGUUGAUGUUCCUCCACCGGCUAAAGAAAUACGUCCACCAAUUAAGACAGAAGUAAUGGGACGACCUGAUUUCAAUACGCCUUUAACUAAAAUCAAUGCAACAGUUGCACCAGCUCUAAAGCAAGCUAUUGACAAUUUGAAAGCAAAGACUACUGGAAAAGACGAUGGUAGUUCUUUGAAACCCGGUGAGAUUCCCGUUGGAACUGCGUGCAAAAAUCGUGGUUGCAAGUACUCGUAUGUAGAUGAGUCUAGCGACUAUGACGAAUGCCAAUAUCAUCCCGGUGUUCCAAUCUUCCACGAAGGUCUUAAGUUCUGGUCAUGCUGCCAAAAGAAAACUACCGACUUUGGUACAUUCAUGGCUCAGCCGGGAUGUGCAUACGGAUCACACAAAUGGUUUAAAGAUGACGAAGAAAAAGUCGUGCAAUGCCGAUAUGAUUGGCAUCAGACUCCUUCGAAUGUCAUUGUGGCCAUUUAUGCCAAAAUGUAUCAUUAUGAGUUAAGCAGCGUACAAGUUAAUCCAAUUCGCCUUAAAGUUCAUUUGGUAUUUCCUGAACAAGAUGACUCCGAGUUUAAUUUAGAUUUGGAAUUGAGAGGAAUUAUUAAAGUCGAUCAAACACAAGUUCAGAUGUAUGGAACUAAAAUUGAGAUUACAAUGCCAAAGGCAGAAGCUUGUUCGUGGGCUAAAUUGGAUUUUCCCCGAACAAAAGACGUCCCAAAGCCCAAACCAGAUGGGAAAAUAGUCAAAAAUCAACAAGCUGCUGACAGUUCAGAUUCGGAAUUCGAUUUGGAUGACAUUGAAAAUGUCUCAACGGGUGUUAGACUGACGGACAUUUCCUAAGAAAUGUGCUCUUCAGAAAAUCAGAAUAAACUUUUCUUUUUGUUUUUAAAAA